AUGGGUGACUUGGGCUUCUCUACACCUUUCGACGAGGGCAUCAUGGAGGCUCUCACCCCUCGAAAGGUUAAAGUUCCCCCUAUCAAUCAUUACGAUGGGACAACGGACCCUAUCGACCAUCUGGCAGCUUUCAAGGCGCAAAUGAGCGUUCAGACCAGCAGUGAGGCAGCCUGGUGCAAGUUCUUCCCGACUACUCUAAAGGGCUUGGCCUUAACCUGGUUCACCGAGCUUCCUUCCGGGAAUAUAUCGAGUUUCACUGCCCUUAAGAUAGCUUUCAAGCAGAACUUCAUUGCGGGAAGAAGACAUCGGAAGACCAGCAUCCACCUCAUGUCGAUCAGACAACGGAGGGAAGAAGACCUAGCUGACUACAUCAAGAGAUUCAACGAAGAGUCAAUCAAAGUUUCCGAUCUGCAAGACAGCGGCGCAUUCACCGCGGUCAUGUCUGGGUUAUAUCUCUCGAGUAGAUUCAAGCUAAAGCUCGCGGAGAGCGAGGCCUCGUCAUUCUCAGAAGCCAUGAACCUAGCUCAGAAGUUCAUUCAAGCCUCCGAUAUCUGUAAAACGCAUGAGGAGCCCAACUCCGGAAAGAGAAAGCACGAAUAG